UCUUUUUUCUUCUUCUUCUUCGUUUUUAGGGUUUAAGCAUCUGAAAAGAUUUUUGAGGAUGUUGCCUAUUGAAAAGAAGUUAUCUUUCACUAGGUGUAUUCAAGAUGGGGAUUUGGUUAUUGUGUAUGAGAGACAUGACAACAUGAAGGCUGUUAAAGUGUGUGAUGGUUCAGCACUGGAGAAUCGAUUCGGCGUGUUUAAGCAUUCGGAUUGGAUAGGGAAGCAAUUUGGGUCCAAGGUUUUCAGCAGCAAAGGUGGCUUUGUUUACUUGUUGGCUCCGACCCCCGAGCUUUGGACUUUGGUUCUGAGCCACAGGACUCAGAUUCUUUAUAUUGCUGAUAUUAGUUUUGUGAUCAUGUUCUUGGAGAUUGUUCCGGGUUGUGUUGUUCUUGAGUCGGGGACUGGGAGUGGGUCUUUGACGACGUCGCUUGCUAGGGCUGUGGCUCCUAAGGGUCAUGUGUAUACAUUCGAUUUUCAUGAGCAAAGGGCGGCCUCAGCUAGGGAGGACUUUGAGAAGACAGGGAUAAGCAACAUGGUGACAGUAGGAGUUAGAGAUAUUCAGGGUGAAGGUUUUCCAGAUGAGUUUUCUGGAAGGGCAGAUUCGGUCUUCCUAGACCUUCCCCAACCCUGGCUAGCCAUCCCUUCAGUUGAGAAGAUGUUAAAACAAGAUGGAGUUGUAUGCUCCUUUUCCCCAUGCAUUGAGCAGGUCCAACGAGCAUCGGAGACUUUGAGAUCAAAAUUUACAGAUAUAAGGACAUUUGAGAUACUCCUUCGCACAUAUGAAGUUCGAGAAGGGAAAAUGGAUGGCUUCCAGGUUCAGGAAAGUGGUUCUGUUGGAUCUCGACCAUGUAAGAGGCGGCAGCGACCAAGUGAAGGAAGUAAUGAGCCCAAAACUACAGGUGCUCCCAUGGUCAUGGCUAGGCCUUGUAGUGAGGCCAAAGGCCACACUGGCUAUUUGACGUUUGCAAGACUCAAAUGCCUCUCAUAAAGGAAAUUCCCCAAAGAAGUUGGGAUAACCUUUUGUUGUUGUAAGUGGAAUUCUUUUGAUCAUUGAUCAGAAAGUUUUGAAUGAACAGUGCUUCUAGUUUAAUAUCUUAGUCACCCAAUGUAAUAUUCUAAUUCUAA